AUAAAUAGUGGAUGCAGACUCACUGUAGGGCAUCAGAAGUAAUCUGUACACCGUAAAGAAGCCAUCAUGAAAUUCGUUCUCUUGUGCACUCUACUCCUGAGCAUUGCCUUGAUCAUGGCUUCAGCCCAAUUUGAAGGUGAGGAUCCGGAGCUGUAUCCCCAGCACCAUGACCACCAUGACCACAGGGAUCGUUUGGUGCGCAGCCUGACACCUGAAGAAAUGGCCAAAUUCGAUAAAUCCAAGGGAGAUGUGGUCGGCUGCUGCGGCUAGUUCCAUGUGGCAGAAGAGGGCAUGCCAGACAGAGUCUGUAAAGGAGCAACGAGCCCCUCCCUAUUUAAUUUAAAUAAAGAGCAAUAUUGAAAAACAA